AUGCUCUCAUACGACACCCCUGUGUCCGUGAACGGGCAGACUUCCUCUCCAUCGGGCAGCAUCUCGGCCUCACACCAGAGCGUUCCAUCCACGCAAACGAGUGUACGGCUCCCGACACCGAACCUCUCGAAUGGUUCGGUCAGCAACAGCGUGGCAGUCUCCAAUGGCUCGCAGGAAAUGGGACACCACAUCUGGCUCGUCACCGGGCCCGCGGGGUGUGGGAAAAGUACGGUAGCAAAAUACUUGUCAAACGCCUUGCAACUACCCUACAUCGAGGGCGAUGAGUAUCACCCACAGGCCAACAUCGACAAGAUGAGUGCCGGCAUUCCGCUUACGGACGCGGACCGAUGGGACUGGCUGACGGCUCUGCGGGAGGCGGCGAUCCACGAACUUGACCGGGGCAACGACGGCGUAGUGCUGACGUGCUCUGCUUUAAAGCGCAAGUACCGCGACGUCAUCCGGGUGGCGCCCUACUUUACUCCGAAUCUUUACCUGCACUUCAUCUACCUCGACGCUCCCGAGGAGCUCCUCCUGCAAAGGGUGCUCGCGCGCAAGAACCACUACAUGGGCGCCAACAUGGUUCACAGCCAGUUUGAGGUUCUCGAGCGACCGAGGGCGGACGAAACCGACGUCAUCACCAUUGACGUCAGCCGGCCGGUCGAGGAGGUCAUGGCGGAUGCCUUGAAACGGGUUCGGCAGGUCAUGGACGGGAUCAAGGCCGAUUCGCAAGAAUCGGCCGCCUAA